CAGAUUCGGGGUUCUAAUCACGCUAUUGCGAUCUUCUUCAGCCCGGUGCGGUCCGUCAGGAAAAACGGCCUCUCGGAGCACAACCUGGGCAUCUCCCGCAGCAAGACCCCCGUGGAUGACCCCAUGAGCCUGCUGUACAACAUGAACGACUGCUACUCCAAGCUGAAAGAGCUGGUGCCCAGCAUCCCGCAGAACAAGAAAGUCAGCAAGAUGGAAAUCCUGCAGCACGUUAUCGACUACAUCCUGGACCUGCAGAUCGCCUUGGACUCGCACCCCAGCAUCGUCAGCCUCCACCACCAGAGGCCCGGGCAGAACCCUUCCUCCAGGACUCCUCUCACCACCCUCAACACAGACAUCAGCAUCCUCUCGCUACAGGUAGGCGCCUGCCCCCCGGCUCCCCCCCUCGCCCGGGACGGGGAGCCCAGGGCGCUCUGA